AUGACCUCUCGAAUUGAGAAAACCAUUGCCCGGCAGCAAGAGAAGAUUGCCUCCGGAGCUUACUACGAAUCCCACCAGCAGCUCCGUGUGAUCGCAGCACGAUAUAUAAAACAGUCCAACUACGAUGCAGCUGCAAAUAUACUAUCCGAGGGUGCUAAGGCACUGCUACAAGCUGGGGCUCAGCAGGGCGCGUCUGCAAGUGGUGGAGAUCUAGCAAUCAUGCUGGUAUUGGAAGUUUACAACAAGGCGGGGUGGGAGGUUGCGGAUGAUGAAGUCGGAAAAAAGAGAAAACAACGACUCAUUGAAUUGCUUCGGGAAUUCCCACCAGAGGAGCCAACUAGGAAGAGAUAUAUAAACGAAAUUAUUUCCUGGAGUUCAAAAUUUGGGGAGUUAGAAAGGGGUGACUCGGAUUUGCACCACUCUAUUGGAUCUGCCUAUGCACAAGAAAAUGAACCAUACGACGCCGAGAAACAUCUCGCUUUCGGGACUGUUGAAUCCGCCGACACUCUAGCAAAAUUAGAGUAUAAGUGGUACACAUAUGACGAGCAGCACACAGCCGGGAUAUACUGCUGCCGCGCUGUCUUCCCUUAUCUUCUCACUGGCAACAUUCUGAACGCGAAUAAGGCCUUCGUGGUAUUUACACAGCUCCUUUCCACAUCGGAGCCUGGUAAGUCCCUCGGUGUUCAGGAAGUAAGCAGCCAGCAGAACGAUGUUCGUGUAUACCCCUCUCUACCUCUGCUUAACUUCACAAACCUACUCCUGCUCGCAAUCCAGCGCGGCACUCCUGAUUUAUUCAGGCAGCUUCUCAAGCAGUAUCAGUCCCAUAUUCAAGAGGCAGGUGAAUGGGACCAUGCUUUGGCCCACAUCGGAGAGCUAUAUUUUGGUAUAAAAAUACCAAAACAGUCAAACCCGUUGAUGGAUAUGAUGGGGAUGUUUUUCGGAGGGCCAUCCAGCCGGUCGAAAUCGAACGAGCAACCCAAGGCCUCUAAGAGAGUGGAGGCUCCACCGUCCCUCGACCUAGAUUAG